GUCAAGUCAAAAUGAAACUAAUUGGGCUGCUGUUGAUCGCGCUGCUGUCGCCGUUGGCGCAGUCUGCUAAGAUACUAAUAACAUUUCCAUUCCCAGGGCGUUCGCAAUAUAUAUUCAUGGAGCAAUAUAUCAAAACGUUAGCGCAACGUGGACAUGAAGUGACUGUCAUUAGUCCAUUUGAGAAUAUGCAGCCAGUGCCAAAUAUGCGAUUUAUAGCAGCGCCUAAAAUAAAAACAAUAUUCGAUGAUAUAAUCGAUGAAAUAAGUGCGGCUAGUGCUUGGCAACUGCCUAUGCUGUAUGCCAAGACAGUUUCUACUGUUUCCGAGUGCGUACUGGAGGAUGCAAAUGUGCAGCAGCUGCUGCAUUCAGGUGAAACAUUUGAUUUGGUUUUAGCCGAAUUGGUGCAGACAGAGGCGCUUUUUGCUUUUGGCGCACACUUCAAUGCAACGCUCGUGGGCUUCUCAUCGCAAGGCAAUGAGCCACACAUCGAUCAGCUUAUGGGCAAUAUAUCGCCAGUUAGCUACAAUCCUAUGUUGACUUCACCACGCACCAGUCGCAUGAACUAUGCUGAGCGUUUGGCUAAUCAUUUUGACAACUGGCUAGCCAGAGCUAUGCAUUGGUUUGUCGUCAAGCCCCAAAUGCGGCGACAGUAUGAGCGCUACUAUCCCACGCAUAAAAUGCCGCUGGAGCAGGCAAUUGAUAGCUUCGCGCUAGUGCUGCUUGGCCAACACUUUAGCGUCAGUCAUGUGCGUCCUUAUUUGCCCAAUAUGAUUGAAGUGGGCGGCGUGCAUAUUGCGAACAAGUCGCAGCCGCUGCCUGCGGCAAUGCAGCAAUUUAUUGAAGGCGCUGGUGCAGCGGGCGUCAUUUACUUCUCGCUGGGCAGCAAUGUGAAGAGCAAGGAUUUGCCAGCGCACACACGUGCAACGCUGCUGCAGGUGUUUGGUCGUCUCAAGCAGCGCGUGCUGUGGAAAUUCGAGGACGAGCAGCUGCCAGCUAAGCCGCCAAAUGUCUACAUUGCCGCUUGGUUUCCACAGGCCGACGUACUAGCUCAUCCCAAUGUAAAACUGUUUAUUACACACGGCGGACUGCUCAGCACCAUGGAGAGCAUUUACUAUGGCAAGCCCGUGCUGGGGCUGCCUGUGUUCUACGAUCAAUUUAUGAAUAUCAAGCGCGCCAGUCGCUUAGGCUACGGCUUGGGCUUGGAUUUGCAGCAGCUGCAGCCGCAGCAACUACAGCAGACUAUCGAAACUUUGUUGCACACGCGCAGUUAUGCGCAGACUGCUGCACAAAUGAGCGAGCGAUAUCGCGAUCAACCUGAAACUGCCUUGGAACGCGCCAUUUGGUGGACGGAGCAUGUUAUGCGGCACAAGGGCGCGCCACAUUUGCGCGCAGAGUCGCGUAAUCUUAACUGGCUGCAGCUACAUAGCUUGGAUACGCUUGCUGUGCUAUUGGCAGCACCGCUGCUGCUGCUCUAUGCGCUGAUUAGAUUAAGCGCUGGGCUGCUUCGCCUUGUGCUUAGACGCGGCGGCAGCAAGCAGCGCGCUGAUAAGCGCAAGAAACAUUAGAAUGCGAUUAGAUUUGAAAGGUCGAGCAAAUUAAUGAAUGAAUAACAAUUGAAAUAUGUAUAAGUGCAUACAAAUAAAUAAUA